AUGAACAAUUGUUACGCAUGCGCCUGUUGCGUAUAUAAGAAAAGAAAGAAAAAUAACAACGGACAAUUGAAAUCACUGAAAACUUUUCAUUCAGCCAUGUAUCGUAUAUUUCGUCCUUCACCAUUGCAUAUUCGUUACGGCAUCUCUCUACUUUUAUCUGUCAGUGUAUCCCUAUUACUAAUCUCUUUAACAAAUUAUCCUUCAUAUUCGAUCGGAUCGAUUGGCAAAUCCAAUGAAAUAGCUGAUCGAAUACUUCUGACUAUUCGUACGUCGAAUAACUGUCAAUCACGUUUAACUUAUCUUCUGCAAAGUUGGUUAUCGCCGGACUUCUCCGAACAACGUAAUAUAUACUUAACAACCGAUCGUUUUCACAAUCAAAGUAACUCGACAAUCUGGAAUGCAUUCCGACACGUUAUACAAACCGAUUGCCCGAUGACGCACAAUUUAUAUGACUUAUGUUGUAAAACGGCUCAUGAAUUCGACUUGUUCUAUGAGUUAUAUUCAACAACAAGAUCAGAUCUUCAGUGGAUGUGUCGUUUUGAUGAUGAUCAAUAUGUUAACUUGAAUAAUUUAUAUCAUUACAUAUCGAAAUUCGAUUCCUCUCGACCGUAUUACAUCGGUCGAACAAGUGUUUCGAAACGUUCACGAAUUCGUAAUGAUAAUCGAACAUAUUCGUUUGCAACAUAUGGUGCUGGUGUGUGUUACUCUCAAGCUUUACUGCAAUUACUUCGACCACAUGUUUCUCCUAAAAUUUUGGCGGAAAAUUGUGUGUCACGUUCACUUCCAGACGAUGCCUACAUGGGUUAUCUGAGUGAAAUCGUUCUUAACGUUUCGUUAACAACCAUCAACGACCGUUUACAUUCACAUUUACAAACUCUUGAUAACUCUUGGCGAACGUAUAGUUUAGCUGAUUUGACGCGAAUGAUAACCUUGGGCUUUGCAUGGGAUCGUUAUAAAUUAGAUUGGUUGCCAAUUAUUCAUCGAUUGAUUCAAUUAGUUGAUCAAAAUCAAUACGAAGCUGCUGAUCGUUUAUGGUUGUUUCUACGAGAUUACGAAAAAGCUCAUCCAGAGAAUCUCACGGGCCAAUACGAUCAAUCUUGUACGUCGUACAAACCGAAACUAACUACAACGAAGUCAACUAAAGUGAAAUCUCCAAAAAUAAAAUCCUGA